UUUACUUUUACAUCUCCAAUAAGAUAGUCUCUUACAGAAAACUCCGACCUGACGAUCUUCUCUGGUUGGCAAUCAUAGCAAUUACACCUAUUUGCGCGUGGUAUAAACCCCGCGCGCGCUGCUGCUGCAGCAGUUUAUUCCAAGACUAAUUUAAGACAGCGCUUUGAACCCUGAGCCCACAGAGCUGUUGUCGGGUGUAUUGAAUGUGUUAGGUGCGCUGCUUAGUUAGACUGGUUCACGGACCUCUGUAACAGUUUGGUGGCAGAACUUUAUCAACCAAGGAAGUAAUCUGGGUUGUUUUAUGCUCACUGAGGGGACUUUAAAGCUGGAUCGCAGCAUGGAUACAGCCAGCGACUCUGUCGGGGAAAGUAAACUGGUGUGUCAGUGUGUCCCCAAGUCCGUGGUCCACCGGUGGCUGCCAGGUUUACCCAUCGCUCUCUGCUUGCUGAUAUCCCUGAGCUCCAUCACCGUGAGUCUUCUUAUGAGCUUCAAGACCUACCAGCUGGAGAACCGACUGCAGAUGGAGAUGGAGAAAGCGUCCAUCUUCCAACCCCUGCACAGAUCCUUUCAAAACGAGGAUGGGACCCUCAUUUCAGAGCUGAGCAUCCCAAUAGGGAAGCUCGUUGAAGAGAAAGUAGUGGCUGUGAUGCCCAAACUGCGGACAGCAAGGGAUGUUGGCCAUGAGUGCUCCUGUCCACCAGGGCCUCCAGGAAAACGUGGACGGAUGGGAAGAAGAGGGGAACCUGGGCCUCCCGGCAAGGCUGGACGGGAUGGAUACCCGGGUCCACUUGGCUUGGACGGCAAACCAGGUUUACCAGGUCCCAAGGGAAGCCAGGGACCAGCCGGGCCCAAGGGAGAGAAGGGUGACCAGGGAGACGUUGGGCCAAGGAUGGUUUUUCCCAGAUAUGACCAUGGCUUUCUCGCUGGAGAGCAGUCCAGCAGCUUUCAGAGACGCUUUCUGAAGGGUGAUCAGGGGCAAGCUGGGCCUGCUGGUCCUCCUGGUCCCCCUGGUCCACCAGGUCCUCGUGGCCCCCCUGGGAACACAGGCAAGGAUGGGCCUCGUGGUCCUGCAGGAGAACCGGGUUUUCCAGGUCAGAAUGGUGUUGAGGGACCACAAGGACUGCCAGGGAAACCGGGGGAGGAUGGUGUUCCCGGCUAUCCAGGACCCCAGGGUUCUCCAGGACCAAAAGGCGAACCUGGUAUUGGCGAAAAAGGAGAAAGAGGCAUGGACGGACUCCCAGGAUUAAAGGGUGACAAAGGAGAAAUAGGAGAGCAAGGACCACAGGGGUCCAUGGGUUAUCCAGGUGAAAAAGGCGCUGCAGGCUCUUCGGACAUUGUCGACUUUAAUGGAAAACUUCUAGAUGCUUUCCAGGCCAUCAACACCAUCAGUGUUUCGGGGCCUCCUGGACCACCAGGACCUCCAGGCCCCCCCGGGGAAAAGGGUGAACUUGGUUUACCUGGACCAGCAGGAGUGGAUGGAGGAAAGGGACCCAAAGGUGACUCUGGUGCAACAGGCUCUCCUGGCGAGAGAGGAGAGAAGGGAGAGAUGGGUCUGUCUGGACCUGCUGGAGUUGAUGGGCAGAAAGGGGAAAAAGGUGACUGCAGAUUGGAUGACAACCUGGUUCAGAUGAUUUCCCAGCCAGGCCCACCUGGUCCACCUGGUCCUCCAGGAGUACCCGGGUCCCCAGGAUCCACAGGGCUGCAUGGGAUGCCUGGUCCGAAGGGUGAACCGGGACUCGGGAUGAAGGGAGAGAAGGGAGAUGCUGGUGCUCCUGGACUCAAAGGACUGGAUGGCCACCAGGGUCCACCUGGGUCUCAAGGGUUAGUGGGCCUUCCAGGUGCCAAGGGAGAAAAAGGCAGAUCAGGGGAGCCUGGGUUAGAUGGUUUUCCAGGUCUGACGGGAGAAAAGGGUGAUAGGGGGGAGAAAGGAGAAAAGGGUGACAGGGGAACAGUAGGGAAGAGAGGUCUGAAGGGUCAAAAGGGAGAACAAGGUCCUCCAGGCUUGGACCAGCCCUGUCCUGUGGGUUGUGAUGAAACUAAAGGUUUGUCUGUGAAGGAAGGACUGUCUUUCCUUGAAACUCCUCUUCCUCCUUCUGGCCCUGAGGCCCCCUGUCCUGUGGGACACGAUGGGCUACCAAUACCAGGCUGCUGGCACAAGUGAUCACUAACCAGCAGCAUGGAGUCUGUACAUAUUGAUAUGGUAUAUUUUGCAACUGAAUACUCUGCCAACAACUUUUUGUUCCCUUGUUUUUGUUUUAUAAAAUCGUAUUAUAUAAUAUAUUGAAAUUUUGAGAACAAGGACAUUUUUGAGUCUACGCUAACCUAAGAUCCAGUGUUUUGAACCAGCCAUGAACUGGCAGUGGGACUCUUUGAAGGACAGUCCGCAUGGCAGUGCUGGAGUAGAAAAGAGCCUCACUAACAAAGUCUAACUUGUUUUAACCACGAAAAGGCUGAUGGGACGUGUGCCAGUGCGUGCACCCAUCCAGCCUUAUGGACGGAUGGAUGAACGAAUGGAUGGACUUUUUUUUUUUUUUUUUUUUGCUAGAUGGCGGAGUGUGUUGUCAGUGCUCUCUUGUCUUCUCCCUGUUUUCUAAAAAAGGAGGAAAUGGCGAAGCAGAAGCUCAAACGCAAGCGUCUCUCUCAACCCUGAGAGGUAGCGAGGCCCAGUGGAGGAAAAGCGCACAGACUUGCAGGAAGCAUGAGAGGGCAGAUUUGGCUUUUCUGACGCAGAGCCGGCCAUGCUGUGCCUCUGCAACACAAUGAACACUCAGAUCCUCCGUUACGGAAACUCUCCAGGAGGGGGCGACAGAACUCUGCGUUUCCACAUUCACUUCAGAGGGAAAAACAAACCUGUUGCUGAUGAUGUUGCGCAUGGGCUUGAUAACCAGUUGAUAUGAUUUGGGAGUCCACUGACGUCCCUGGCACAUAAGGAAGGAUUUACUGUGCAGCCACAUUGGACAGGUUAUGAUGAUUUAUUUUCUUAGUCUGAUGUAAAAUUUAGUGCAUGAUCAUAACAAGACCCAGUGUUGUUUAGCAUCCUGACAGCAUGUGUGACUUUUGUGCCAGAUUGAAACCUGAAACAACAACACAAUUAUUUUAAUUUUAAUAAGCAGUCUUUUUUAUGAGUCUUUUCCAUUCGGGACACCUGUGUGUUGUUUUAUUUCAUUUUGCUAUAUUCUUUUCUUUUUUCAGUUACAUUUUGCAUUCCUGUGCAUUGUGUUGAUUGUGGGAUACAUAAGUGAACCCUGAAGGCCAGAUCUGAAGGAACCAUUUACAGUAUUUGUGAUGAAUCAGUAUUAUUUGCCUUGGCACAAACUGCCCUUAACCAAUUCAUAUUGACUGAUCUUUGUGUUUUUAAUGACAGACGAAGGCAUGUUUAAUUACCGGUACUGCUUCCAGUUUCAAUGGAAAACGGUAGAAGUUCUUGCUGCUGACUUAAAUGUGUGUUGUGUCUUUUUGAUAAAUUUUUUAAUCAAUAUUAGAAAUGGGCUGAAGGACUAACAUGCUAAAAUAAGACAUUUCAAUCAAACAUACAUGCAACAGCUGUUUCUUCGGGGUCAUUCUUCAUUUUUGUUAAGCAGCACACCUUUGACGUGUCAGUCUUUUGGCAUUUUGUGUGUGUAUGUGUGUUGUUUUUUUGUUUUUUUUUGUUAAAAAUGAACUUUUUGUCAUCAGGCGACUUAUAUUCUUUGUCAUACAUUUCUCAGAUGGAAUAAUUUCUUUUUAAAGUACAGCAAAACAUAAGAAAAACUAAUUGUUUAAACUGUGUUGAUAUAAUACUUAAUAUUUUCUCUCUCAUAUAUUUGGUUACAUGCAGGCAGGACAGAGAUCAUAAAAGGUUAAAUAUAAACAUACACACGGGUAGAUUCAUGGGAAAUUAAGCUGAUGUUUUAUGUAUUCAACUCUAAUGUUAGUUGCACUGUUUUUGUAGUUUGAUUAUAAGUCAUCAUUUUAUGAGGCACAAUACAUAUUCAGUAUCAGUGUUUAACAAGAUAUAUAAGCAAUCGCAUUUUUUUGGCACUGAGCUGUAACGUAACAUGAUCAAUACCCAUCAAAAUACAGACGGCUAAAUGUUUUCCAUUUGGACAACCACAAAAUAUUUUCUAUUUCUAAUAAAAUUAGAUCAUUGAAUUCAUCUUCAUAAAAAUUUUGUUGUAGUGACCUACAGACCGACUCUUAUUUGAAAUCUUCCAUAUUGCAUUACUCGCAUCUUGCAAAACACUUUGUUUCAGUGGCACAACAUUUUUUUUUACUUAAAUAGACUUUAGAAAGAUUAGUGCAACAAAUAUCAAACAUAUUCAGUGACACAUUUAUGAAGUUACAGGUAUAAAAUAUGUUGCAUAUCAUUAAACUGAAUUAAACAAGAUUCAUUAUGAACUGUAUGUGAAAGCAGGAUAGUUUAAUUUUAAACCUAAUUAAAGUUUUGACAUUAUUUGAGUGUAAGCUGAUGGUUAUCUGUCACAUCACAUCAUGUGUUUAUUUCUUUUACAGAUUCUGUCAGUGCCAUUUUUAUGGCUGAAAUGAGUUAUUUCAUGGCCACAGUGUCUGAUUAGAGUUUGAUAUGUUAGCUAAUCUUAUACCACAGUGUUAGCUUGACCUUGUCAGAAUGUUGUUUUUUGUUUGUUUUAUUUUGUGUUUGUGUGUAUUUGGUUGUAAAAGAUUUAAGCUAUUUUUGUAAUUACGUGUUCAAAAUAUGUAAAACAUGAAAUCUGGUCAAACAUAGAAAUAAACUCUCUAGUUUUA